AUGCACCACAGCAUGGCCAAGAAGAGAAGGAAAAAAAGUAGCCGGAGCAACCAAAAUGCGGACAGUAACUCUUCCACCGCUGGCGAUCCAGGCAUCGUAGUGCUACCGUGUGGUCACCUCCUGCACUUCCUCUGCGCUGUCCAGCUUUACGAAUACAAAGAAGGAGCGACAUGCCCCAUAUGCCGCCAGCCGCUCAAGAGUACCGCAGACUUUGUGCUCUUCUCCCCUCGCCGGUGGCCGGGAUCGACUCCGCAGGGCAUCCAAGUGGAUGAGUGCACUAACACAAGUGAUAAAGGCAGCGAUGACAGCAGUGACGAUGUGCAGUUUACCGGCGAGCGGCGUCUGGCCGCGGUGGACGCAUACGAGCGCCUUAUUCGGCGCAACACUGACGAACUGAAGCAGCGACGCCGGAACCUCAGAGGCCGCGAGCAGGACCUGGCGAGCAGCAAGGAGCAAUUGCUGGACCGGUGCCUCACACUGGAGCAGUCGGCCGCCGACGCCCGCCGCCGGUGCGAGGUGCUAACGCAGCAGGGGGCAGUUGGACUUGAGCGAUUGGUGGAACUCCGCAACGUGGCACGUGAGACGCACGCGUCAGUGAACCUCAUGACCGCUGAGCUCGCGACACUGACGCGCCAGCAGGGCGUGCUUGACCGUCAACUCGAGAAGUACAGUCAGAAGCUGCGUUGCUGCAAAUCGGGCCGUCGUAGUGACACUACAGAUGGAGAGGUGGAUGCACCGCGGGGAAGUGGUUCAUCUGCACCCCUCCAGAAGCGGCGGCUGAGACGCCUGGAGGGUGGAAACAUGCUGUCGUAUUAUGUCUCGCAUAACUGA